UGGGUGGUUGGCCAUUUUUUUCAAAUUGGAUACGCAAAAAUUUCAGUUUAUUGUUAAACGUCGAAACGAACAGAUAUGUCAUAGAAAAUCGACGACGACGACGACGAGGAAGCAACAACAACAAUUUCAAAAUAUUUUCUUAUUUUUUUCGGUUUCGGUUUCGGGUUUUCCAAAAACGGUUUGAAAAAUUCGCCACCUCAUCGAGUCUUGGAAAAUGGCUAAACUUGGUUUGGCCGUAAUGGCCAUUUUCGUCGUGAACUCCCUGCUCCUUGGGGUCAGGGUGAGAGCACAGGAACCUGAAUUCAUGGAGGUAACGGGAGAAACUGAAAGCUCCAAGGAUGAUGUUGCGGAUUCCAAGGAGAAUUCAAUUUCAGAAAAUUCCCUGGCUGCCGGGGAAAAUUCCCAAGACUCCUCCUCCAACUCCCCAGAGGUCGUGUCAAGUUUUGAAUAUUUCUAUGACGAGGAUGAUUAUCUGCCGGCCUUGAAAGAGUUCGAUGUGGGCCUCCUGGAGGACAAUUGCCAGCAGGGAGAAUGCCAUGAUUUCCAAUAUGACAAUCCCGCAGAAGUGGUUUAUUUUGAAAAGAAGCCAGCCAUACGUUUCACCUCGGACACCACCUAUGUUUUCAAGAGGCCCCAAAGCUAUGAGGUUCUGAAAUUUCUCAACUCCAAAUUUGCCAAUUUCCCGCUGAAUCUUUUCUAUUCCCUGAAAAUCGAGGAGCUGGAUAUGCGUAACUGCUCGAUACAGAAUAUGAGCUGGGAGAAUUUCCUUAUGGCCAAUAGCUUGUCGAUUCUGCUGCUCUCGAACAAUAAGCUAAGGGACAUUAAGCCCAGCACCUUUAAAUUGGCCGAGAAUCUUGCCUUCCUCUUCCUCGAUGGCAAUAGAAUCGAACGUCUUCAUCGGGAUUCGUUUCAGGACAUGAAAAAGCUUUUCAUGCUCGAUCUGCAUGACAACCAACUGAGUACCUUGCCCAAGGGGAUCUUUGAUUCUCUCGGCGCUCUGCAGGAACUUAAUUUGGCUGGGAAUAAAUUGAGUAUUAUCAACAAUGAGUUAUUCCUCAACAAUCCCCGCCUAAGAAGUCUCCAUUUGGAUGGCAAUCGCCUGCAACAGCUGGAGGAAUAUUCUUUGCAGGCCCAAAAACAAAUGGACUUUUUGGAUCUGUCACACAAUCCGAAUCUGCAAAGCCUGGUGGCCAAUAUGAAUGUUGACCAUCUUUGGGUUAGGAAUUGUUCCAUCGCCCGGGUGAAUAUCUAUGGCAAGGUACACCACGUGGAUUUGGAAAGGAAUCACAUAUUGGAGCUAUAUUUCUCCCGGCCAGAUGCCCUGAAAACCUUGAGGCUAAGCGAUAAUUCGCUACAGCAAAUUUCCUCUCUAAGUCAGGCCACCAAUCUGGAGUACUUUGAUGUCUCCAAUAAUCCGCAUUUGAAAACCCUACCCGAAUAUUGGGAAACCGAUUCCCUGCAGACGCUGGAUCUCAGCAAUACCAGCCUUAGUAACAUUCCCAUUGCGAUACUCUCCGCCUCGGAGCGUUUGAAAUCUCUAAAUGUCAGUCACAAUCGUCUGACCCAUUUGGAUCCCGAUCAAUUUCGUUAUUUCGAGAAACUUCAACAUUUCUAUUUGCAUGGCAACAAUUGGAAUUGCUAUAGUCUCCAGCUAAUGAUGGAUAUGCUGAUUCGGCCCUGGAAAAUUGGCUAUACCAUGGAUGCCUAUGAUCCAGAGUAUCCCGGGGAAUAUAUUGGUGGCAUUAAGUGUAUGUAUCGCAUAGAAGAUCCCCAGGAAGAAGAUAAAGACACGGAGGAGGAGGAGAGCAAAUAUGCCCAGAUUGCCUCAAAAGAAAAUCUAGCCCUCAACACUCUAGCCGCCCGUCUUAGCCAGGACGCCCAGGAAUUUACUGAUGACAUUAUCAUCCCAUCGGAGGAAACCCAAGGAGAUUCUGCCCAAUUCACCCUCAGCGAAGUGGACACCUUGCGCAAUGAAUUCAAAGCCAUUAUUGGCAUUUAUGAACAGAAAUUUAAAUUUAUGCUGCAAAAAAUGGAUGAUCUAGAUCGCCGGCUCAGGGUUUUCGAGCAGUACAAUAAGAAUCUACAGCAGAUUACAAUUACCGUUUGAGUCGAAUUUAUUAAAAGUUUCCCCAGUGAUUCCCCAGAGACAUUUAUAACCCAAAAUCUGUAUUAUUUACUUCAUAUAUAUCUGUAUUUUAUUUUCUAUUUACUUAACUGUAGUUUAGUUGGAAUUUGUAUUACGAAUAAAUGUUGGUACGAUCGAAAGAGCACUCAUUUUAAUGAAUAUAUAAUAAAGUUCAUAAAAUUAAUGUAAUUAUUCAUAGA